AUGUCCAAAAUGAAAGUUCAUUCGACAAAAAAAUUUGACUACAAUCGAUUAACUGAGAUAACAAAUGAACUGGGAAAGUCGAAUUCCAUUGAGGAAUGGUAUUCAAAGUUGCCAAUGGUUGAAGCUAUCAGGGAGAUUUUGGCAGGAUAUCAAAAUGCGUUAGACAAUGUUUCCCUCGUGUAUGAACAGAAAUUAUCUGAUUUUUUCGAAAAUCCGACAAUGAUAAUGCAAUUGAAGCCAUCUCAAGCCAUUAACGAUUUUGCUAACGAAUUAUUCAGAAACGAAGAUGAUGGCUUCAGCGACGAGAGCAAUUUUCAUUUAGAUACCACACAAGAAACGAAUUAUGAUUUGAAGGUUUACACUUAUGAUUGCGAACAAUAUAAAUCGAGCUCAAGAGUAUCGUCAUUGAAAAACUUUUCGGAAAAUGGAAGAUUUGUGAUUGACAUUCCGCUCAUUGUCAAGGAAUUGCAGUGCAUGUAUGCCAGCGAAGUCGAGAAAGGCGGAAGAGAUGCUGGAUUAAACGUGGUGAAAAACUACCUCAAACGCUGUGCAGAGCCGAAACUUGCCGAAAUCGUCGAAUACUGGAAUUCGCAAAUGCCCGAAUUUUCAAUGACUGCGUUUGACGCGGGAGUCUGGAAUGUGAAUAUUCCGGAAAAAUACGGCGGUUUGGGAAUGUCGCUUCUCGAUCAGAUUAUCGUCGGAGAAGCGGUCUCGUUCGGAUGCUCCGGAAUUUGUUUGGCGUUGAGUGGCGCCGUUCUACCGCUAUCCAGCGUUGACAUUUUCGGAACCGAAGAGCAAAAAAUGAAAUACAUGGGAAUGAUUGCAAGUGAGCCGUGCACGGCGGCGCUGGCGGUCACCGAGCCGGUCGCUGGAUCGAAUGUUGCCGGAAUUACGACGAAAGCCGUUAAAGAGGGUGAUGAGUACGUUAUCAAUGGCACAAAGAUGUGGAUCACCGGCGCGGGACCAGCCAAAUAUUUUGUGACGCUAGCAAGAACCGCGCCGGACCCAAAAACGCCGUCGAGCCAAGCGUUCACCAUGUUCAUUGUCGAUGGUGACGCCGAAGGUGUGAUUCGCGGCAAGAAGGAGCAGAACAUGGGCCAAAGGGCGUCGGACACAAGAAUGGUGACAUUUGAUAAUGUCCGAGUCAAAAAGGAGAGCAUUCUCGGCACUGAGGGAAUGGGAUUCAAAGUGGCGAUGGCGACGUUUGACCGGACUCGUCCAUUCGUCGCCGGAAUGGGAUGCGGAAUUUCGUGGAGGGCCCUUCAUGAGUCGGUGAAAUACUCGCUGGAAAGAAAAACGUUUGGAGUGCCGAUUGCUCAACAUCAGGCUAUCAUGCAAAUGAUAUCCGAAAUGACUACCAGUUUUGAGUUAAUGCGUCUCAUGACUUAUCGCGCUGCUCAUUAUAUUGAUAUUAAGGUAUUUAUUGACCCUACAGCCACUUACUUUGCUUCUGUUGUGAAGUAUUUUGCGGCCGAAGAAACGAACAAGAAUGCUUUCAAAGCUGUGCAGAUAUUCGGCGGCGCUGGUUAUAACACGGAAUAUCCGGUCGAGAAAUUGAUGCGCGACGCGAGAAUCCUUCCGAUUUACGAGGGAACCACGCAAAUUCAGCAGAUGAUUAUCUCUCGUGAGGUUUAUCGGAACUAUAUGAAUACCGCUUCAGUACUAGUUAAAUAA